GCACUCUGGGAGUGAUUGAGGAAGUAAAAUGGCGGAUUUAGCGAACGAAGAAAAGCCUGCCAUUGCUCCACCCGUCUUUGUGUUUCAGAAGGAUAAAGCACAGAAGUCCCCUGCAGAGCAAAAAGGUUUGUCGGAUUCAGGCGAGGACCCACAGGGAGAGGCUGAGUCCCCCCACGGUGGUAUGGGUCACACAGAAUCAGCUGGUGAGCGCGACUUUGAGCUUCCUGCUCCCGCUGUUGCCUCAGUCAGUACUCUGAUUCCUGCUUCUGAAGCCCAGCUUGCUCCUAUUCAACAAGAACUGGCAGGGAGGUCAGCAGAUGGGUCAAGUCCAGAAGAUGGAGAAGAAUCUGACCGUGAGGAUGGGAGUUACUGUCCUCCUGUAAAACGUGAAAGAACUUCAUCUUUAACACAGUUCCCUCCUUCACAGACAGAGGAAAAGAGCAGUGGAUUCCGGCUGAAACCACCAACACUUAUCCAUGGCCAGGCACCCAGCGCAGGUCUCCCAAGCCAGAAACCUAAGGAACAGCAACGAAGUGUACUACGCCCUGCAGUUUUACAAGCACCACAGCCUAAGGCUUUUUCACAAAUGGUUCCCAGCAGUGGGACCAAUGGUGUAAACAUCCCACCAGACUCUGCAGUGGCAGCCACAUCAGAAUCAUUAAGUAACACAACACAGAAAGUUUCUGACGCUGAAGACCAGGUGAGAGAAUGUCAGAAAAAUGAGUCUAACAAUACUUCAGAGGAUGAAAACGGCGAGAAGUCAGAGCACAAUGCACAGCAAGCAUUUGUAUUUGGGCAAAACUUAAGAGACAGAGUUAAGUUGGGAGAUGAAAGUGAUGAAACAGCAGAUGUACAGAAUGCUGGGCUUCCAAGCUUGGAAACACCAUCGGCAACAAACUACUUUUUGCAAUACAUCAGUUCCAAUUUAGAGAACUCAACAAACAACGCAGAUGCUUCCAGCAACAAAUUUGUAUUUGGACAGAACAUGAGUGAGAGAGUCUUGAGCCCACCAAAAUCAAAUGAAGCUGGUACAGAAAGUAGCAAGGAAAAUGCUGCUACAGAAUCUGGCUCUGAAUCUUCUUCACAGGAAGCUACUCCAGAGAAAGAAUCACUGGCAGAGUCUGCAGCAGCCUAUACUAAAGCAACAGCAAAGAAGUGUUUACUGGAGAAGGUAGAGGUGAUCACUGGGGAAGAAGCAGAGAGCAAUGUGUUACAGAUACAAUGCAAGUUGUUUGUGUUUGAUAAGAACUCUCAGUCUUGGGUGGAAAGAGGUAGAGGACUUCUGAGACUCAAUGACAUGGCAUCAACAGAUGAUGGAACGUUACAAUCUCGACUAGUAAUGCGGACUCAGGGGAGUCUCAGGUUAAUCCUGAACACCAAGCUCUGGGCUCAGAUGCAGAUUGACAAAGCCAGUGAAAAGAGUAUCCGUAUCACAGCCAUGGAUACAGAGGACCAGGGAGUCAAAGUUUUUCUGAUAUCGGCAAGCUCUAAAGAUACAGGACAGCUGUAUGCUGCAUUACACCAUCGGAUCUUGGCUCUACGGUGUAGAGUGGAACAAGAGCAAGAAGCGAAGAUCACAGCACCUGAGCCAGAGGUAACACAAUCAAAUGAAGAAGAUAGUGAUGAUGAUGUCAUUGCUCCUUCAGGAUCAGCUGGAAGUGGUCCUAAUGAUGAAGGAGAUGGGCAGAAUAUUGGCAGCACAUAGCAGCUGUGAGGCCAUCUGCCUGCAAGGCUGCUGCAAAC